UGAGUGAGUGAGUGAGUGAGAGAGAGAGAGAGAGAGAGAGAGAGAGAGAGUGAGUGAGUGAGUGAGUGAGAGAGGGAGAGCCUGAACGAACGGAAAUCGAACGGUGUUCCGGUGUUAAGGGUCGUUAGUGUUUGGUAGUGAAGAGUUUCCGUGAAGGGGAAUGCAUAAGACAAGAGUACCAGAGCAGGAAAAAAUAGCAAAUGAAGAAAAUAUGGUGAUAAUGGUGGUUAUCUUGAAACGCACAGGGACGACUGCUUGGCUUAUGGAGAUUGAAGAUUUCUGUGAAGGCAUCUGCAUGUUAAUCAGCACAUUCCCUGAGCACCCAGCCAGUUAUGCUGCAGGUGAAUUGAAGCUGGCCUUUAACCACCACUGAAGCCAGUAUGUGUGAGGUCCAGGCCACUGUGGAAUUUUCUGUAGAGCUCCACAAGUUUUACAAUGUGGAUCUGUUUCAGAGAGGGUUUUAUCAGGUCCGUGGCACUAUGAAAGUACCUCCUCGGAUCCCUCACAGAAUAGAGACCAGUCUCCUUCAUCCCUCAAAUUCAGAUAUGGUUCUUCCUGCGUCUGUGCAAGGUGAUGUCAUCUACAGCAAAACCUUUCAGAUUCUCUACAAAAAUGAAGAAAUAGUAGUCAACGAUGUUUUCCUGUAUAAGGUGAUGAUGCUACUAGAUGAGAAGAAGGUGGAAGAGUCCCUAAAUGAUAUGGAUUUUCAGCUCUCUCUGGACCUCUACUUUGCAGAUGGCGACUAUAUGCCGGAGGAUUCCAGGUCAUUACAGAGUAUCAGCAGUCGAACUUUGCGAUUACAUUUUAGUCUCCAAAGAGGCUUACACCAGCACAUCAAUGUAAUGUUUGACUACUUUCACUUAUCAAUCAUCUCUGUCACCAUCCACGCCUCUCUGGUGGCACUGCAUCAACCACUCAUUAGUUUCCCCCGGCUUGGGAAAAGCACCUGGCUAAACCGUAAUGUACCGGCACAGAGUAAAGACCUCCUGAUUCCCACGCUGGAGACAGUGGUAUUUGGCUGCACCUAUAUCAAGCAGCUGUCCCAAGAUGGCAAGACCUUCCUGGUGUCAGAUCAGUGUCUGCAGCAUGCCUUCAACUUGCACCAUAGCCUGUGUGCCAGCUUGCUGCUGGCCUACCAGGGCAUCUUUGAGUACUUUAUGGCUCUUACAGAGAGCCUCCCUUCCUCUCACCGGAUGGAGCUUGAGGAUGUAACACUGAAGUCCAGAAUUUCCAUGUACUCCAAGGCCAGCAUGCAAGUCCUAUAUGAGCGAGUUCUAAGAAGACCUUUUCCCAGAGGCCAAAGGCACAUCCACAUAGAAAAACUGGAUGUGGAAGCCCGUCUCCAUGAGCUUUGCGAACAUGUCAAGCAGAAGGCAGAGAGCCCAGAUGAGCUUGCUGAACUAGUUAAUAUGAAUCUUGCACAGUUGUGCUCUCUGCUGAUGGCUCUGUGGGGCCAGUUUCUGGAAACUGUCACCGUGAAUGACAGUGUCAUGGCAUUGUUGGCCCAAGAACAUCACAUCCUCAGGGUACAGAGAUUUUCUGAGGCUUUCUUUUACCUUGAGCACCCUAGACAGGCUGCACUGGCCUUCCAAGAGUUGCAUGCACAUAGCCACCAACAGAUGACUGGGGUCAUUAAGAACUCCUCGUACUUUCUUUCCCUACCACCACUUUCUGUGGAAUGUGCUGAACUAGAUGGAGAUGUCAACUCCCUGCCAAUCAUCUUUGAGGAUCGAUAUCUGGAAUCUAUUAAAGAGGAUCAUGAUGGCCCAUGGCUUGGCCUGCCCAUCCCCAGGAGUGCCUCUGGGCCUACUAAACCUGAUAAGCCUGCUUUAAAAGACAUAGGUGCUCACAGUCCUUACCCAGAACUCAAUCAAGCUACUUUAGUCACUAACUGGCACAAGGAGAAUGAUCCUCCAAUAAAAUCCAAGUCCAAGUCCAUCAAACUGAGGAAGAGCAUCAAGACUGAGAACUCUAAAAAAUUGGUCAGACAGUGCUCAAAGGACUCUGUGAUUUUGACAGGCUACAAGAACCUGAAGGUCCUUCAUGAUGAACCAGAUGACAAGUCCAAAGGAGACUUUCAGUGCAGUCAGAAAGAGAAACAAGAAUAUUUUCUUGAAGAUCCCAGCAGCAAGUUCAUGUCCAAAUACAUGAAUCUGGACAACUCCACAGCAUACAUAAAUCCUAAUAUCACUAGAACUUUCCCUAUAGAACUUGUGAAUAACCGCCAGGCUAACACCGUCAUUCAAAGUGAGAGGUUUACAAAUCAAAGUUCACAAGCACAGGGAUGUACUGAAACUGAAGUCACAGAGGGCAAAGCAACAGAGGGACCCAAUAUUAUGAUCAUACCUGCUGGGCUCCAACAUACUGAGGUCAAACCUAGUAACAAAAACCCCUACCAGGGCGAUAAGGACAACGUCUUAUUUUUAAGCCCCAGUGAUCCAACACUGACAAGGGGAGGCAUUUCAGAGAGUACACAAAAUGAUUGCUGUGAGUCUAUGUCCCAACACAGAGAGAAUUGUGGUAACAGAGAGAUCAAGGGUGUGGGGUCAGAUUGUGCCAUAACACUGAGGAGUUAUUGUUUACCCAAUGCAGCAUCACGACUGUCAGAUUCAGGCAUUGAGAGUGAGCCUAGUUCUGCCACAUUCCUAGUACCAGGUCCUCACACUGUUUCCAGUCUUGCUGAAGUGAAUCUAGACUUGUUUUCACAAGUUAAGCAGACCACUACCAAGUGCCCAGGUUUUUCCCUAAAGCAAUGUCAUCUCAGUAUGGCUUCAAAAGGGCCCAGUGGACCAGAGGGGACAAACCCAGAGAGUACUAGUGGUGUGAGUGGCAUACAGUCUUCUCUAACCUCCAUAAACUCACUUCCCUUAGACAAUGAAAUGGAGUCUGAGGUUCCAUACCGAUUUUCCAGUGUUGUUGUGCAGGAGCAAGCCUUGGUUUUUUCUGAUAGAACUGAUAUCAGUAUCUCUUUUUGUGCCACCAGCCCAACUAGGUCUUUAGUUCACCAAGAAGCUUCCCCCAGCCAUGUUAAUGAUCCAGUGUUUCAUAGUGAUGAGGCUUCUGUUCUUCUGUCCCUUUGCAAAGCUUUUGCUUCGCACCAGAUAUCUGAGCCUGCUAAGCUUGGAACCCCUGUCGGGGAAGAGAUGGGGCUGGACUUUGGCAUUGAUAUGCAGACUGCGGCACAGUCUAGUAUAUCAGCCACCAGUAGUACAGACCUAGUAAAGAAAGGCUUAGUGGAAAAUUAUUUUGGUUCAUACUCCAGCACUGAUAUUUCUGAGAUAAGCCCAGAGGAAACACCGGCUGUUAUGCUGGACAUCCAGACAGGUGUCCAUUCCACUGAAGAAGAUGACGAAGAAGAAAAGCUAAACCAUGAGAUGAUAGAAAAUGGCUACUAUGAGGAGACAGAUAAGUCCAUCUCUGUCAAUGGUUUGCCAGAAUUGAAGGAAAGAAGUGAUGAUGGAAAUGGCAGCAGGACCCCAGAAGCUACAUGCCCAUAUUUUGGACAUAAGAAUUUGGAGCAGCUCAGGAAUAUGAAUUUCCACAGGACCUACCUUCAAAAGCAACCACCUAAACCACUACGGACCAGUGUAAUUCAGAAGUGGUAUGAGAGAUCCCCUCCUGUCCAGAUGAAAGUAUUUACCCAGGCAAAAGAGGAGCUAAAGAAGCUUAAUCUACCAGGAUUCCUUUACAGUGAAAUGGCUGAGUUUGCUUCAGCUGUGCCAUAUUUUAGCCUGGAUGAGGAUGAGAUCUGUGAUGAGGGUGUUCAUCUCAUUGUGUGUGUCCAUGGCCUAGAUGGUAACAGUGCAGAUUUAAGGCUGGUGAAGACCUACCUAGAGCUGGGCUUGCCUGGAUCUCGUAUUGACUUUUUAAUGUCAGAGCGCAACCAGAAUGACACUUUUGCUGACUUUGAUUCUAUGACUGACCGACUUUUGGAUGAAAUUGUACAAUAUAUACAAAUCUACAAUCUCACAGUUUCUAAAAUAAGUUUUGUGGGUCAUUCUCUGGGAAAUCUGAUAGUGCGCUCCGUGUUGACAAGGCCCAAGUUUAAGGCAUAUCUUAACAGACUUCAUACCUUCCUUUCACUGUCUGGACCACAUCUUGGCACCCUCUACAACAGCUCAGCCCUUGUCAAUACUGGACUGUGGUUCAUGCAAAAAUGGAAGAAGUCUGGCUCACUAUUGCAGCUGACUUGCCGUGAUCACUCAGACCCUCGGCAGACAUUUCUCUACAAGCUAAGCAAGAAAGCUGGUCUUCAAUUUUUUAGAAAUGUGGUGCUGGUGGGCUCUCUGCAGGACCGUUAUGUGCCCUAUCACUCAGCUCGCAUUGAGAUGUGCAAAACAGCCUUAAAAGAUAAGCAGAUGGGUAACAAAUCUUUAUCCCCAGGGCCAGUGUAUGCUGAGAUGAUUGAGAACUUAUUAGUACCUGUGCUCCAGAACAAAGACUGUAACCUGGUUCGAUACAAUGUUGUGCAUGCACUGCCCAACACAGCCAACUCUUUAAUAGGCCGGGCAGCCCACAUUGCUGUUCUAGAUUCUGAAAUAUUCCUGGAGAAGUUCUUCCUGGUAGCUGGACUAAAGUUCUUUCAGUAGCUGGUUAGGACAGAAGAUGGCACAAAUACCUCCCAACAUUGAAAUAGACAUUCUCAAUGGCCUAUAUUUUGUUCUUAAUAUUUAGUUUUUGUUUAGCUCAUCUUAAAUCUAGUAUUUGUCAUUUAAGCAUUUUGUAUUGGCAUUUUAAAAAAUAAUUAUUUUUAGUAUUCUGUUCGUCAUGAAAAUAGUAAAUGUACCGAUCAGGUGUAUCAGUGUUAUUUAAGUUAAACAUAUUUUUAUAUCUAAUGGGAAAGUUUGAUUAAAACUUGUUGAUGCUGAACUGGAAAUUUAGCUGCUAAAUGAAUUUAUCAUAUUUAGCAUAGCUUACUGGAGGGCCACCUUUGUUGUGAAUGUUCAUGUUCAAUAGAACAUAAAUGUAUCAGGAGUAUCUGAUACCAAUACUGCAUUAGAUUAUUUUUCAAUCAUUAGUCAUUUAAGUAUAUGCAUUUUGCUGAAACAGCCUUAUACUUUGCUUUGGUUUUAUAUGAUGUCUUUUUAGCUGUUGCAAUGUCAUGCAUAACACAUGUUCCCAUAUGUCCCAACCUGGUGUUGGGUAAAAGGACAUAGUAUGUUGAUUCUUACAUGAGGUGUCCACAUUUAAAAGUCAUUUUAAUUUGUUUCAGUUAAGUAUACAGCAUUCUUGUUCAAUAUUAUUUUGUGUUUGUGUUCAAGAAAACCGAAUUUAAUUUAUUAUCAGGUGCUAAUUUAUGCUUAUAAGCAAGAAAUUGUAAGCAAGAAAUGUAAAUGAAAUGUCAAUUUUAUUAUUCACCAAAAUGUUUUUUUCUAUAAUGGACCUAAACAUCAUUAAAUAAAUUGAAUUAAUGGUUUGGUA